CAAAAGCGUCCGCAACUGGUCAUUUUGGCUCAAGAGCGCAUAUCUCGAAGUGGGACCGCCUCGACGGGCCGGGGGGCUGAGCCGUACGGACUUGACGAGACAUCAGCUGCGUUGUCAUGGCUACGACAGCGUCGGUGACUGCUCGUUUAGUGGCUGCCGUCCUAUGCGUGUGUACGAUCGCGGAGGCCAAUGUCAAAGGCACGUUUUGGCGCUUCCUCGACGAGGUGGCGAGCGAGGGGAAGGAACGCAGCGAUGUGACUACCGUGGCAGAGUUACUUGACCUUGGCGCGGGUGUGAAGGUUGAGGAUUGUGGCAGCAAGGCGGAUACGAUGUCAGUCAUUCGUGCGGACUUCGAUCGGGCCCACCUCCAGGUGCGCGCUUACGGGGCUCUCUCGAGCAACGUAUCAGGAGGAACUCUCAGCGCGAAGUUGUACAAGGGCGCAGCUGCUGAAGGGUCGUCUACAGAAGAUUGGAUGAAGCGUGAACUCGCGUGGCACAGCGUCCCUCACGAGUACGAGGAGGACUUGUGCAGGCAUUUCGGCAAGAGCCACAGCACACGCGGAUGCCCCCUUCCAACGGGCAGCACGGAGCUUCGCUUCGCCCUCGACAAAUUGCCGCCGAUGGUGAUAGCCGGUGCCUACAAGUUGAAGAUCAAGGCCACCGAUGGUGUUGGCAAGCCCGUGGCCUGCUUGCGGGUGCAUGUGGACGUCCCUCGGGGCAAGAGUGGCGAGCUCUUCCGCAGGGUCCAAGCACUACCCAUGGCCAAUUCUGGAAGAGCUCUGAUGUCUGGAGAUGAUGGCUGCUCCUGUCACUACUCAGACCCGGUAUGCGGUGAUGACAGUAACACCUAUAGCAGCGCGUGCAAGGCUCAUUGCUCACAUGUUGAGGUGGCUCAUCCGGGUAAGUGUGGCGACCAGGUAGUUCGUGGUGAACGAGCGCUGGCCAUGGCUACCCCAGCUCCUGCGGCCACCUCUCUUUCCUGCGGCAUGAAGGGUCCCGACGACACUCCGUGGUCCGCGGGGCGCGGCGCUCGCAUCGUGAACGGGCAGGACGCCACAGAGUGCGAGUGGAAGUGGCAGGUGUCCCUCUCUGCCGGGUACCACUUCUGUGGAGGCACGCUCAUCUCUCCGACCUGGGUCCUCACCGCUGCCCACUGCAUUGAUGGGUCGUCGUUUUCCAUCGUGGCGGGCAGCUAUAGCCAGUGGUGGGACGAUACCGCCCAAGUGGAAAUCGAGGUGCGUCAAGUGAUCACCCAUCCAAACUACGACGACUCCACCUUCCAGAACGAUAUUGCCCUUGUGCAGUUGGACGAAGCCGCACCCUUGAACGACUGCAUUGGGUUAGCAUGCUUGCCAAGCGAGGACGUUGCUGACGGCGAGGAGUGCUUCAUCACAGGAUGGGGGACCCUCUCCUCAGGAGGAUCUUCCCCAAAUUACAUGCAGGAGGCGCAGGUGGAAGUCAUCAGCAACUCGGAUUGUGGCGCUGCCUACUCUUUUGACGCUAUCACCGAUGACAUGUUGUGCGCGCAGGGCCGGGACAGCAACGACGGUAUCACCGAUGCCUGCCAAGGGGACAGUGGUGGGCCGCUUGUCUGCACUUCUGGCGGCUCUUCUUAUGUUUUGCACGGGGCCACUUCGUGGGGCAACGGUUGUGCAGACGAGCAGUAUCCCGGAAUCUGGUCUCGGGUCUAUUAUUUCCGGGAUUGGAUCGAGGAUGAGAUGGGAGCGAUUGAGGCUGCAACACCCGCCCCAGACGACGAGUUGAACACGACAAGUAUGUGGGGGACCGUUCUGGGCCCGUGCACGCUAGACGGCAUCUGUGUGCAAAGCCCGAAUUAUCCGCAGCCUUACGGUUCAUCGGAAGGUUGCACGAUUGAAAUCGACUUGACAAACACGGCACCGAUCAGCGUAGAGAGCUUCAGUACGGAACUUACUUUCGACACGCUUAUUGUCAACGGAGUGCUCUAUUCUGGAUUUGGUGGCCCCGAGGGGGUCACCCCGACUGCAAGCAUUGCUUGGUCGAGCGACCCCAGUCUUGAAGGCGGUGGAUGGAGAUUGUGCAUGGGAGACGCGACGCCUGCACCGGUACCUACCCCCGAAGCCCCAGUUCCCCAACCCACCCCAGCUCUUGCAUGCGGGGGAAAGGGUCCCGACGACACUCCGUGGUCCGCGGGGCGCGGCGCUCGCAUCGUGAACGGGCAGGACGCCACAGAGUGCGAGUGGAAGUGGCAGGUGUCCCUCUCUGCCGGGUACCACUUCUGUGGAGGCACGCUCAUCUCUCCGACCUGGGUCCUCACCGCUGCCCACUGCAUUGAUGGGUCGUCGUUUUCCAUCGUGGCGGGCAGCUAUAGCCAGUGGUCAGACGAUGCCGCCCAAGUGGAAAUCGAGGUGCGUCAAGUGAUCAAGCAUCCAAACUACGACGACUCCACCAUGCAGAGCGAUAUUGCCCUUGUGCAGUUGGACGAAGCCGCACCCUUGAACGACUGCAUUGGGUUAGCAUGCUUGCCAAACGAGGACGUUGCUGACGGCGAGGAGUGCUUCAUCACAGGAUGGGGGACCCUCUCCUCAGGAGGAUCUUCCCCAGAUUACAUGCAGGAGGCGCAGGUGGAAGUCAUCAGCAACUCGGAUUGUGACGCUGCCUAUUCUUUUGACGCUAUCACCGAUGACAUGUUGUGCGCGCAGGGCCGGGACAGCAACGACGGUAUCACCGAUGCCUGCCAAGGGGACAGUGGUGGGCCGCUUGUCUGCACUUCUGGCGGCUCUUCUUAUGUUUUGCACGGGGCCACUUCGUGGGGCUACGGUUGUGCAGACGAGCAGUAUCCCGGAAUCUGGUCUCGGGUCUAUUAUUUCCGGGAUUGGAUCGAGGAGGUCAUGGGCGACAGCGACGACGACAACGACGACGACAACGACGACGACAACUACGUCGGCCUCGAUUGUGGGGCAUGUGCAGAUGACAACCGGGAUUGCGUGGCUGAGAGCUACGAGGGGUACAUGGGUACUUGUGACGAUGGCUACUACGCGGUGGCGGGAUGCUAUUGCUGCGAUGGCCUCAGUGACGGAGAGGUUGGAAGUUUUGGUUGCUUCUACGGGGGCGUCAUCGGAGGAGCUCGGAAUCUUGGCCCUGCCUUCGUGACCUUGUUGAGCAUGAUAGUUGCCAUGCAGUAGGAAGUUUUAGAUGCGGGGCGGGCUGGCCUCACGUUCGCCACUGGGACGCAAGAGCCCCCCAAGUGGCAAGUUCAAUGUGGGAAUGGGUCGAUCUCCAGCCCCAGCCCUUGCGGCUCCAAGGGCGUGGACUCGGUACGCGUGGACGCUCGGCGCCGAGGAGCACACCGUCGUGUUCUGUGCCGCCUUUGUCCUGGUGUGUUGCUGCCUUGCCCGGCCGUUUUGCUCGUUCAUUCGCACUGGUUCUGAUUGUGCCAAGUAGAUUGCGAAGCGUUCGAGGAAUGCGAAUCUAUGUCUACGUGUUGGCUGGAUGGGGGGCUCCAUCCAUUACACGAGGAGCACGCCACUUUCGGACGGGUGCUAUCUCCAAGACAAACUCCCGAAAAGAGCCGCCUGCAGAGCUGACCGGCCUCAUCAGGCAGGCGAUACGGUAGGUUCACGACGCGUCGGCGCGGCG